AUGGCUCAUCAGGAUCCCUCCAAGCGCUACACACUACAAGUUACUGCAGGCCCUGCAUAUGACACAAAGACACACCGAAUAGUUCCAGUAAACGCUGAUGAGACACUUACUAUCGAGACCGAGUAUUCUUUAAUCAAGCUAUGUGUGAGAAUACAAGAUUUCUGCGGACUGCCGCCCUCUGCUCCUCGUACAUGUGAAUAUUUUUCACACCCAGAUCAUAAAUAUGAUCAGUACUCCAUUUCUAUUGCCUUUCUUCCGAAACGUACUAUCCCGGGCUCUGAACUCGUGUUUGGAAACGACUUCGACCACCCCAUCCGCGACCGACUACCGCCGGGAACCAAUUAUGCUUUGAAGCUGGUCAAAUGGAUUAUCGACCCUGGGCUAGAAGGGGACCCUUACGGCGAUCUGCCGUAUUUAUAUGGGGCAGCUUUAUCAAGCUGGAACUAUUUUAGAAUAUGUGAACGAGAGGGGGUGGUUUCGAGAUCGGGAUCAUCUACGGCAGGUUCAAUAUUGAUAGACGAGAAGGAAGGCGACUCACGAAGCCAUAGUUGUGCUGGCAGCAAAGCGAGCUCGGUAUCUGUGGUAGAACUCCAUGAUGAAGUCGUCCAAGAAGGAGGCGAAGGCACUGGAAGAGAAAUACGGGACAACCUUAAUAUACCCGACGACGCCAGCUCUCGGAAAAAAUAUUUUUUAGAUGAAAAACGCCGCCAUGCUUUUGAAUUUGAAGCCGGACGGUUAUAUAAAGCUGAUUUUGGAAAUCCAUAUCUAGGUUUCAGUGAUUUCUCGCUUCGACUCCCCGGGUUUAGUAUUAAUAUUGCGAAAUAUAUUGACAAGAAGAAUCAUCAAUUGCGCUAUGUGUUGAAAAAUAAAAAUUCAGGAGACAUAUACUUCGUAGUGCUCUUCACAUUAUUACUCAAUGACUUUGAAGGCGUUGAAGAUGGGGAAAGGGAGAGCGAGGAGCAACAGAUAGAGGAAUCUGAGGUAGACUAG